GUGCUGAAUGAUCAAAUUAAAAACGUGUGAAGCUGUUGAUAGGAAACGAUAAUGAAUCCGAUAACAGCAUUGUACCCUGUAACAGAAAAAGGGACGAGAAAGCCCAAGUGUGCCCGAUGUAGGAAUCAUGGUAUGGUAUCAUGGCUUAAAGGACACAAAAGACAUUGUAAAUACAAGGAAUGUGCUUGUGCAAAAUGUAAUUUAAUUGCCGAGCGACAGCGAGUCAUGGCAGCCCAGGUAGCACUGAAGAGACAACAGGCCGCUGAGGAUGCCAUUGCCUUGGGUUUACGGGCAUGUACAAGUGAACAUGGUAUACCAAUAAUGACACAAGGACCUUUAUGGGGAUCUUCAGCUAUUACUCCUCCUGAGAAAUCAAAAACAGACGAGGAAAAACAGGAAAAAGGUUCAGAAUCGGGUAAUGAGCGUCGGAUAGACUCAUCAACCCCAGAGUCCGUAGACAGCGGCGACAAGUACCACCAAGAGGAGACUACUCAGUACGCACCAACUACAUUUCUACCAGGGAGAUUAAACAAUCUAGAAAUACUGGAGAGAGUAUUUCCGUUUCAAAGGAAAUCAGUUUUAGAACUUGUUUUACAGGGUUGCAACGGUGAUCUUGUGAAAGCCAUUGAACAAUUUCUUUCGACGCAAGAAAACAUUACAGCACAACAGACAUGUUCUACAAUUAAAAAAGACUUCAGGCAUCAUCCAUAUUUAGGAUCUCAUAAUUUUCAGAAUACAUUGAGAAACUAUGACAUGAACAAACUAUCGCCAUUAGGAUCGAUGAGAUCUGCAUUUAGUCCGUUCUCUUCUCCUUCUGCUUUAUCAUUUAAUGGACUACAUUCGGCAUUCAGUCAAAACAUGUCGCCGUCAAAUUCUUAUGGAACGCCGUUUUAUUCUCCACAUUUGAGAUCGAUGGACUUAUUUUCGUCACCUGCACAGUAUCCGUAUUCUCGUUAUGCAUCAUUGAACUCGAGUCAGUUGCCUGGAUUUUUUGCAUCGCCAUUUUGUGUCCAGCCAUACGGCAAAACUGGGUAUGGUGGAAUUUCUUUAAAUACAGAAAACCGUGAUAAAAACAAUAAAUCGCCAACUUCAGAAACCGAAAAUGGGUCCGAUUCAUGGGACGACCAUGGAAAAGAUAAGGACUGAGGAGAAUUGUUUAAAUUAUAUUGACACUUUUAACAAUUGAAACAGUUUAAACACUGAUUAGUAAAUUAUUGUAGGAAGUGGAGUUUAUGCUCAACAUCUUGAUUUUUCAAAUAGCGA